AUGAGAAGACGUUUCACAAGUCAAAAGAACACAAACGCAAAAGCAGAGAUUACGGUUGGUUAUAACGUAAAUGAUGAUAAAUCACGAAUUAUUCAAAAUGUUAAAGUUAAUGUUAGCCCUGAAUUAACUCGUGACUUACCAAAGAAAGAGGAGGAGCAAAAUAAAGAAGAUGGAGACCCAAUCAUUUUAUCUGAACCCGGUAAAGAACCCGUUGAAAUCCCCACAUAUCCAACAUACCCCCCACCUCUUUCAUCAAACAUCGAGAACCCAGGAAUCUACGAUUCCA